GAGCGCACUUUACGAAUAUCCUGUAACUCAGCUUGUGAUUGAAACCAGUUCGGCAAACACCGACAACACUGCAUGCGACAGUUUUCGAUGUACGGAGCAAUUGUUUACAUUCCCUAUAUGGCAAGUGUUCUCUGUUUGGAAGCUGUUCACCUCAAAGUUCCAGUUAUCAAUUUCUUUCAAGUCGUAUGGGAUAAUAAGUCUUAUAUUGCAUCAAUAGGAAGCUGAAGUGAGUGCAUAUACCCCAAUUUAUAUAAUAUAGGCCAAAAUAUUGUCGAAAAUGUGUGACAUUGUGUCUUUAAUCAAAACAAUGUAACGUAAUUGCAACACUUUCCCACAAUGGCUAACGGUGUCUCCUACCAGUACAUGUGUGAAGAUACAUAUCACUGAAUGAGUCACAUGUAAGUGGUCAAACUCCAUGGCAACUUGACCUUCACAGGGACUCCCUCAUACUGUCCAUAGUGUCCGAGGGCACCAGCGUCUUCUCCGGCCUGGUCACAUUCUCCAUCCUCGGUGUGAUGUCACAGAAAACGGGCGUUCCUAUUGCAAACGUGGUUUCGUCAGGCCCAGGUUUGGGAUUUGUAACCUAUCCACAAGCUCUGGCCCAACUUCCGUUCCCUCAAGUGUGGUCAUUCCUGUUCUUCCUGAUGUUGCUGAUGAUUGGCCUGGACUCACAAUUUCUGAGUAUGGAGGUAGUCGUGACCGCGAUGGUGGACCAGUAUCCACAGAGACUCUACAAGUGGAGGUGGCUUGUAACAUUAGUCUUUUGUUUGAUAUCCUAUCUUUUGACAAUCGGUUUCUGCACACAGGGAGGCCCGUACAUGUUCCAGCUGGUAGACUGGUAUGUAGCUUCUCUGGGACCUUUGGUGUUUUGCACACUGGAGUGUGUUGCCGUCAUGUGGAUAUAUGGGGCAAAACGAUUCAGUAGUGACGUAGAGAUGAUGACUGGAAAACAUCUUUCACCGGCAGUUAAGGUUCUCUUGGCGUUUGUUACUCCGGCAAUCUUGUUGAUAGUUUUCAUCCUUACAACUAUCAGCUACCAGCCACCGACCUACGGCAAGUACGAGUUUCCCAGCUACGCCAAUAUAAUCGGUUGGUGUUUCGCCGUGUUGCCGCUUCUCCCUCUGCCGGUCUUCUUGAUCACUGCUAGAGUGAAACUGGCCUUGCAGCCUGAUAAGAACUGGUGCCCGGCAAAUGCCAACUACAAGGAGGCCCACAUGAUAAAUCAACAGACACAAAGACACACCUUCAAGGAAAACAUCUUUGAUGUGUUUAAGUAA